UGUCUUUUAAAUCUUGGAUUACAUUAAAAUCUUUCACUUUUUAAGAGCAGGUGUCUUUGGACUGUUUUUGCGCUAUACCUUAAUUUCUUUGGAUUUCUAUAUUUCUCUGGAGUGUUUGCAGACACUCUGAUUAAGCAGCUUCAGCAGUUCAAGUCUCCCUGCAUCCACCCACUCUCCAUUGUGCCGGGGAAGAAAUCACAAGUUACAUGCUGAGGAUUCAGGAUCAAUGAACAGCAGUGUCACACAUUAAGGAACCUCCUGUCAUGAGGAUACAAACAGGCAUGCCGCCGCCACCACCACCACCAGUCACAGGCAUGCCGCCACCACCACCACCAGUCUUCAGACAACCACAUGAACAGUAUGCUCCCAGGCAUGAGCAUGGUUGGAUGACUUCAGUUGAGGACCCACCAUUGCCAUAUGACCCCUGGCAAGAUUCCUGGCCAGAGGAAUAUUCUUCUUUUGGCUUUGAGGGGGAGCCAAGACAGCCACAAAGGGUCCAUGUAUUUACCCCCCCCCCCCCAACACAAUCUCAGGGCAGUCAUGGCUUUUACCCACAGACUAUGUCACAAGAAGUGCCAACUGGACAGGCUGAGUGGUCACAUACUGGUCAUCAGUGGGACUAUCAAUCAACCCUGAGAGCUCCAUCAUCCUCAUCACUUGGCUGAGUUCCACCAUCCUCAUCACUUGGGCGAGCUCCACCAUCUGCAGAUGAAAAUAUAGCUGAAAGUACUCAAGCACCAGCAGAUGCAGCUGAACCUGCCCCACCAGAAACAUCAGAUGCAGCUGAACCUGCCCCACCAGAAACAUCAGAUGCAGCUGAACCUGCACCUCAAGCAACUAGAAGCCCUGCUGCUCAAGAGCCUAUGGAUGCAUUGUAUUCUCCCCUGGCUGAGGAAUACAUUGCACUCCAGAGGAGGCUCAAAACAAGCUCCGAGAGCAGACAAAGAGGCCAAGAGAGGUUCCACAGGAGCCAAGAGAGGUUCCACAGGAGCCAAGAGAGGUUCCACAGGAGCCAAGAGAGGUUCUUCAGGAGCCAAGAGGUUCUUCAGGAGCCAAGAGAGGCUCUUCAGGAGCCAAGAGAGGCUCUUCAGGAGCCAAGAGAGGUUACACAAACAUAGCAUAGAGCUGCAGAGGGACAUGGCAGCAUCAUUAAGUGGAAGUGUUCAAAACCAGUCACAGAUGAUGCAAAUUCUGUCUGAUAUGCACAUGCAGAUGGACAAUAGAUGGCGAGAACAAAAUCAACUCUUGGGUGUGUUGGUUGAGCACUUUACACACCAGCAGGACACUGCCUCCAGCACAUCAGCAGAAACAUCAGAAUCUUCUCAAACCAGGAGAACAAGGCAAUCCACUACAGUCACCUCAGCUCCCUCAUCUAAGAAGCCAAAAAAUAAAUAAAUAUUCUUA